AUGGAGAGCCCAAACACUGUGAGUUUAAUUCAUGUUAUGUUGCACUGCUCACUUCUGUCUGAAAAACACCUGAAGAAGUCAUGUCAGUCUGUUCUACUUGGGGACAUUCCAUGGAUGUUUCGCAAAGCGGUUCAUCUUUAUAGACAAAGAAAAGAAUCGUGGAAGAUGGUAGUAUUCACGGAGUCUAUUGUAUUCAUGUUGAUGCCUCAAGUGUUGUGCAAGGAUCCUAGCAUUCAAUGCCACCAUGAUGAGCCUCUUCCUAUUCUUCAUACAUAUCAUCAGCUUGAAGAAGUUAGCAUUGCUGGCAUUAUUUCUGUGUUCUUUGUGUUUUCUAAUCCCAUUGAUUUCAGUCAACAUCCUUCCCAGGAACUUCAAGAUGCAGUCAUAGUAUUUUUUCAGAAUUACCAGCACAUCCUGGCCUUAGUGUUUACUCUAAAGGAGAUCAAUGAAAAUCCCCAGAUCCUGCCCAAUGUCACACUCGGCUUCAACAUUUAUAAUAGCAAUUUCAGUCCAGGUUGGACUUACUUUGCCUCAAUGCAUCUUCUCUUCACUGAGCACAGAUUCAUCCCUAACUACCAGUGCAGUGUCCCAAAAUAUCUGGCUGUAGUCAUUGGGGGAUCUGACAUAUGUCUCCACAUGGCAACUAUACUGUGCAUCUACAAAGUUCCUCAGUUGGCAUAUGGCUCUGCUCCAGUCAUGGAUAAAGCAACUCAAGCUGUUUUCUUCCAACAAAUGUUUCCAGAUGAAUCCCACCAACACAGGGGCCUCCUCCAGCUAUUGCUGCAUUUUAGGUGGACGUGGGUUGGAGUUCUUGCUGUGAAUGAUGCCAAAGGAGAGAAAUUUGUACAGGAGGUGCUCCCCAUAUUUUCCCAGCAUGGCAUCUGCUUUGAUUUCAUAGCAGAGUUCCCAAAUGUGGCUUUUUACAGUGACUUUACUGAUUUGAUCGAUGAAGGACUCCAAAGGUACAAAGUUGUCAUGAACAGCACAGCCAAUGUGAUAGUCUUGUACGGUGAAAUGCAAUCCAUAUCAGUUUUGAGAACAUUUCUCCAGUUUUCAGAAGUGGAGGAUACAUCAAAGAAGACAAACAUUUGGGUUAUGACAGCUCAGAUGGAUUAUACAUCUAUUUCUGUUCAUAGAUCCUGGGACAUCCAUUUCCUGCAUGGUGCUUUAUCCCUUGCAGUACACACAAAGGAUGUCCAAAACUUCCAGGAAUUUCUUGAAAGUAUAAAUCCAAUCAACAACCAACAUGAUCAUUUUAGGAGAGAUUUUUGGGAACAGGCAUUCAAUUGUUUCUUCACCAACCCUGAAACAGAGAUGUCUGAGCAAAAAUGUACUGGACAGGAGAGGCUUGAGACCCUUCCAACCUCUGUGUUUGAAACACACAUGAGUGGCCAUAGCUACAAUAUCUACAAUGCAGUCUAUGCUGUGGCACAUGCUUUGCACUCUCUGUAUUUAUCUAAGUCCAGGCAAAGAACAAUAGUGAAAGAAGGAAGGCAACGGUUUCAUGAUCAGGUGUUGUGGCAGCUUCAUUCCUUUCUGAGAAGUAUCUCAUUCAACAACAGCAUUGGUGAAAAGAUCUCUUUUGACAAAAAUGGGGAAUUUAUUGGAGGAUUUGAUAUUAUCAACUGGAUCACAUUCCCAAACCAGUCCUUUCUUAGGGUUAAAGUUGGAAUGAUAGAUCCCACAGCUCCUCCACACAAAUCCUUCAAUAUCUCUCUGGAUUCUAUCGCAUGGCCAAUAGGAUAUCAUCAGGCACCACCUUUUUCUUUGUGUAAUGAUCCCUGUGAGGCAGGAUACAGCAAGGCCAAGAAUGAAGGGGAUCCAUUUUGCUGCUAUGAUUGUCUUCUGUGUCCAGAAGGGAAAAUAUCAAACGAGAAGGACAUGGAUGACUGCUCUCUGUGUCCAGAAGAUCAUUAUCCAAACCCUGAUAGAAACAAAUGCAUACCAAAGCAGAUCACCUUUUUGUCAUAUGAAGAACCCACGGGGAUCAGUCUGACUGUUCUUUCACUUUGUUUUUCUGUCAUAACAACCCUGGUACUCACAAUCUUCAUUAAACACAAAGACACUCCCAUUGUCAAAGCCAACAACCGGAAUCUCACCUACACUCUCCUGGUUUCCCUCCUCCUCUCUUUCCUUUGUGUGUUUCUGUUUAUUGGAAGACCUAAUAAGAUUGUGUGUCUCCUUCGACAACCAGCUUUUGGCAUCAUCUUCUCUCUGGCAGUUUCCUGCGUAUUGGCGAAAACCUUUGUUGUGGUUCUAGCAUUCAUGGCCACCAAACCUGGUUCUAGAAUGAGGAAAUGGGUGGGUAGAAGAAUGGUCAGUUUCAUUCUUCUUUCCUGUUCCCUUGUUCAAGCCAGCUUUUGUGCUGCAUGGCUGAUAGUGUCUCCACCAUACCUGGAUUUUGAUGUGCAUUCAUUGUCAGAAGAAGUCAUCAUGGACUGCAGUGAGGGAUCAGUCACCAUGUUCUACUGUGUCUUGGGCUUUCUGGGUUUCCUGGCUGUGAUCAGCUUCACUGCUGCUUUUCUAGCUAGGAAGUUACCUGACAGUUUCAAUGAAGCCAAAUUUAUCACCUUCAGCAUGUUGGUCUUCUGCAGUGUUUGGCUGUGCUUUGUUCCAACCUAUCUAAGUACAAGGGGAAAAUAUAUGCUGGCUGUGGAGAUUUUCUCCGUGAUCUCCUCCAGUGCUGGCUUAUUAAUGUGUAUAUUUUUUCCCAAGUGUUUUAUCAUUGUGAUGAGACCUGAACUGAACAAUAAACAUCAGUUAAUGAAAAUAAAAUUUUAG